CCAGCUUUGCUCGGCCCCCAAGACACAGUAUGGAAGCCAUUGCCAAGUUUGAUUUCACAGCUUCUGGAGAAGAUGAGUUGAGCUUUCAGGCUGGGGAUAUGUUGAAGAUUUUGAGCUCCCAGGAAGAGUGGUACAAGGCUGAGCUCAGAAGUCACGAGGGCUAUGUUCCUAAGAAAUUCAUUGAUUUCCAUGUUCCCCACUGGUUUGAUGAGAAGAUAUCCCGCCAUGAAGCGGAGAACCUUCUCAUGAGCAAAGGAGUCGGCUGCUUCAUCGUCCGAGCCAGUCAGAACUCUUAUGGUGACUUUUCCAUCUCUGUCAGGCAUGAAGAUGAUGUGCAACACUUCAAAGUGAUGAGGGAUUCAAAGGGCAGCUACUACUUGUGGACAGAAAAAUUCCACUCGCUGAACAAGCUGGUCGACUUCUACAAGACAGCUUCCAUCUCCAGGCAGAAGCAGAUCUUCCUAAGGGACAACAGCCAAGAAGAAAAGGAGAGGUGGGGUGGGAGCCUGGAACGGAGAGGUCGGGAAGGAUUCCACAUGGGAGGAGCAGCUGGAGAAGAUCAUUCUUCUGUAUCCAAGAGAUAUGUAGAGCAUCCUAUUCCAAUACUGCAGCAGCAACAGGAAAGAUAUGGUGGGAGUCUGGACAGGAAAGACAUGAUACAUAGACUAAGGGAUCAUGGCCAAGGAAGUGCAGGAGCUAUGCAACGGAGACACACAGACCCACUGCACCAGCAGACAGCGCGAACACUGUGGGUCCGUGCCUUGUACGACUUUGAUGCUAUGGAGCACGAUGAGCUGGGCUUCCGCAGUGGAGACAUCUUAGAGGUCCUGGACAGCUCCAACCCAUCCUGGUGGAAAGGACGCCUGCGUGGGGAACUGGGUCUCUUCCCUGCCAACUACGUCACACCAGUGCUGCUGUGAGGGCAAAGUAUGGCCCAGAGGGCUGCGCUGGAGCUGCUCUUCUGACGUGACAGGGACAGAGAAGGAGUGCAUCUUUGCUUGCCACCAGGACAUACAUUGUUUUUUGCUUUGUCUUAAUUUAUUGGCAAUUGAUCUUUUGAAAUGUUGGUAUGAAAGAGAACCUUUUGAAGAAGAAUUUUUUCCCCCCUGUUUUUCACAGGGGCAAAAAUCUUGGACUGUUCAUUGAGACUUUGCUGGGCCCUCCCUGCCCUGUCACCUCUUUAGCUAACUAUUGAUAACCUCCUGCAAUUAGGUUUAUUCUGUGGAAAUGUCCCUCAGGAAAGUCAGGCUUCAGGUUAAUUUCAAGUUCAGUAUUCAGGUAGCCUUACCCCUUCAUCUUGGUUCUGGUAGCAGUCAUAAUCUCUUCAGGCUCCAUUCCACCUUUCUUUCAGAGGCAGGUGGGUCACCCAGGUGAGUUGAAUGAU